AUGAUAAGAAAAUAAAGAGGUGGGAGAGAGAGCGAAAGAAAAAGAUUUGGAGUGGAGAGGGUUUGGAUUAGGGCACGGCAAAUCUUCCCAGCCACCUCCCAAACCCCAUUGAAUUCUCUCUGGAUUUGUUGAUGCCUUAGACAUAUUAUCAUUAUAUAUGUAUGUAUGUAUGUUUAAAUUCUGGAAAAAAAUAUGAGUAGUCAAGUGCCUCCAGCGCCCAGGCGCAAUAGUUUGGUACAGAAACGAAACAUUUCAACUUUGAAGAAAUCUGUCAAUCAAUCUGACACCAAUCCUACUAGCCAGAGCAAGCCUUCUUCUCCACCUCACUCGUCCGUUGCUGGGGAGAGGACAGUGAAAAAGCUAAGGUUAUCGAAGGCACUGACAAUUCCGGAGGGAACCACCGUGUCCGAGGCAUGUCGGCGGAUGGCAGCGAGACGAAUUGAUGCUGUUCUACUGACUGACACAAAUGCCUUACUCUCUGGCAUAGUAACUGACAAGGAUAUUGCAACUAGGGUUAUAGCUGAGGAGUUGAGGCCUGAGCAAACAAUUAUUUCGAAGGUCAUGACCAGGAACCCCAUUUUUGUGACUGCAGAUUCAUUGGCUAUUGAAGCCCUUCAGAAGAUGGUGCAAGGUAAAUUCCGCCAUCUUCCUGUUGUGGAAAAUGGUGAAGUUAUAGCAUUGCUGGAUAUCACAAAAUGCCUUUUUGAUGCUAUAUCAAGGAUGGAGAAGGCUGCAGAACAGGGAAGUGCAAUUGCUGCAGCUGUUGAAGGAGUUGAACGACAGUGGGGGGACAACUUCUCGGCUCCAUCUGCAUUUAUAGAAACCCUGCGGGAGCUGAUAUUCAAGCCCUCUUUGUCAGCCAUUGUUUCUGAAAAUACCAAGGUGGCAAUAGUAUGCCCCUCAGAUCCUGUGUAUGUUGCUGCUAAGAAGAUGCGAGAAUUACGGGUCAACUCAGCUUUAAUUACUGUUGGAAACAAAAUUCAAGGGAUAUUAACCUCAAAAGAUAUUCUUAUGCGUGUUGUAGCACAAAAUCUAUCCCCUGAGCUGACACUGGUGGAAAAGGUAAUGACCUCAAACCCUGAAUGCGCAACACUAGAGACAACAAUACUUGAAGCUCUGCAUAUAAUGCAUGAUGGGAAGUUUCUACACCUUCCUAUUAUAGAUAGAGAUGGAUGUGUUGCCGCCUGCAUAGACGUAUUGCAGAUAACUCAUGCAGCUAUAUCUAUGGUGGAGAACAGCUCAGGUGCUGUCAAUGAAAUGGCCAAUACUAUGAUGCAGAAGUUUUGGGAUUCGGCACUUAACCUGGAGCCACCUGACGAUUAUGAUACUCUCAGUGAGAUGUCUAUGUCUCAAUUGAUGAUGUCAGAAGGGGCAGAAGCAGGAAAAUCUGGAUAUCCAUCAUUGGGUCUUGGAAAUACAUUUGCUUUCAAAUUUGUUGACCUUAAAGGUCGUGUCAACAGAUUUAAUUUUGGCUCAGAGAGCUUACUGGAGCUUGUCACUGCGGUUAUGCAAAGAUUAGGUGCAGUAGAUGAACAAAAUCGUCCUCACCUUUUGUAUGAAGAUGAUGAAGGCGAUAAAGUUCUGCUGACAACUGAUAGUGAUCUUGUAGGUGCAGUUAGCCACGCCAGAUCACUAGGACUAAAGGUGUUAAGAUUGCAUCUAGAUUACUCUGAUGUAAAAUCAGUGCAAGAAUUGAGUAGUACCUGUGUAGAGAAAGAUGGAUGGGGUUCCGUGCGCAUGGGGAUUUUUGCAGGUGCUGUUGUGCUAACAAGUGUUGGUGUAUUGGCCUACUUGAAGCGCACCAAUACAUGGUAAGCCAAAUUUUAAGGAGUCUAUUCUGCUAAAAAGGCGAUAGAUCCCGUUGAUUGGUGUGAUAUUUUGGUGGCCUGACUUUUAUUAUUGGUCGAGAAGGGCAGCUGAUAUAACAGUAGGAUGAAUUUUCUCCCACUCCCUAAUGCCAACUGGUUGAGAGGAGGGGUAAAAUAAAAAAGAAAAGGAGAAUUUAUCAGUCUAAGUUACAGCAGUAAUCUGACAUACGAUGCCUGUUGUAAGAUCAAUCAAUUUUGGUCGAAUAUUUAACCAUUUCAUCUUACUUUUGCUGGAGUUUGUAAAUUCUUCCCAAGUUCCAGGGGAUGUCGACUACUGUAAAUUACAGCAUAUGUGUAUCAUGCUGCUCAUCUUAUAUUUUAACUCUUUUAAAAUUCAAAUUAAACUAGAGAUGUCCUCUGUUAA